AUGAGUCCCUCUGCUCUUCACCCAAAUCACCAGAAGCUCAUCGACCGAGCUCGAGAGUUCAUUGCCGAGAUUGAAAACCAAACUCCUGGUGACGAGCUCGAAGCUAGACUAAACAGCGAGUUUGGACCUGGAACCCCCUACUACGAGGACUUUAGCAGCUUAAUCCGACAAGGCUUGGCUAACAAUGAGGGCUGGGUCUCAAAAGAAGCAAUCGAUGGCGCUGAUUUCCGACUUUGCGAUAUUUCACUCCCCUCUGAAGACUCCAAGUUCUUCAGCAUCCUAACAGUUUACCUGGAGAACAACGGGUACGAGCACAUUGCGCAUGUUCACCCGUACGGUGAACUCAACUGCGUCAUUCCGCUCGAUCCUUCUGCAGAGAUGAGGUCGAGUCAGGGCUGGCAGGGCGCGGGAUGGACGUCACCGGAGCCUGGAUCUCAUCAUGCUCCCUCGGCGCGCGGAGGCGGCCUGAUUGCUCUUACCUUCCUACCUGCGGGGCGCCUAGUUUUUAAGGAGCUCGAUGCUUGA